ACACAAAACACACUGUGUCAAUCCAUUCUCCUUUUUUUCUCCUCUCUUUUUUUUUGUUGUAGAGGGUGCUUUGCUCUCCGGCAACAUCUUCAAACAACUUCUACAGGCUUAACAAUUAGAUAAUUUGCACAUGCGGAGGACUCCGGUUAUGAAUGGGUGCAUCCCCUCAAGUCCCGCCUCUUCCGUUCCCACAGACGGACCAAUCAGCGGCGGCGGUGCGCAUCGGUGGGACGUCACGUCAGCUGCCGUCGUGUCGGGAUUGGAAUGUUACCGACUAACAAUCGGAACAACUGAGCACUCGGUAAUUGGACACUAGGCUCAAGGAAUCCCGUCUUUUUGAACAUUUUCUCAGCCAUUGACCCGGUCUUGAGGUUCGCGUUUGUUCGCCUCGUGUCGACCGGCUAACUUCGCCCGCUGCGUGGCUCCCCGCCGAUGAGGUUUUUAUUUUAUAUCAGCGAGCGUGUGUGUGGAGGUUGUAAUAAAUAAGAAGAGAAAUGCAGGGAUUCGUCAGGUUACAGUUGUACCGCUGAGCUGCCCCUGCGCUACGACGCUGCCCCUCCGUUUUCUUGCCUCUCUUCACACGGGACCAUGGAGUGAUAAAAGAGGAGGGGGGGGAUAGGACGGAUUCACCCCGAGGCAUUUGGAUCGGAGCGCGGCGGCCACACCGACGGGCUUUUUUAUUUUUCUUUCUUUCUUUCUUUUUUUUACACUCCCCGGUCAAUGUGUUACCGAGUUUAACAUCCAAACCGGGGUAUACCUUUCCGUCUGGGAGAGCCUCGGGGACCCCUGCCGCUGUUCAUCUGUGAGGGAGAGAGAGUUCCCAGACGGUUCUCGGACAGUUUUCCAUUUGAAUAGCCCCACACACACAGCCAGCCUGAAUGAGGGUGAGAAGAAGCGCAGGGGAAGAGAGUCGCUGCAUAUGAUUGUGUCCGAGAGGGUCCGGGCAGCACUGAUCUUUUUAGGUGCGCCCAAGCCCCGCUGUAGGCGCUGCGCGAUAUGGUGAAACUCUACAGAAGAGGGAGAAAGGGACACUACUUUUAAAAUCGCCCACAUGCACUGGAUCAAUUGCUGGAUUUGGGAACCGAAUACGCAGAAGGGGGGUUGGGGAUCCGUGGAGGCUGCCGGAGGAUGGAGCGGUGUAGCCGGGGUUGGUGAGAGCCUAACUUCGGGCCACUUUACAUUUCUUAUUCCUAAACAACUCGCCCCUGUUCCCAGGACACAUGCAGGCCAAAAAACGUUACCUGAUCCUGCUCUCAGCCGGUGCAUGUCUAGUGCUUCUCUUCUACCUCGGAGGGGUUCAACUUCCAGCGGCGAGCAGGAGCCGGCAUGACCGCAGCCGAAAUGGGUACCGGCCCGACCAGCCCUGGCCUCACUUCUCGGACCCUUUACACCCUUUCGUGCCCUGGGAUCAGACGGAGACCGAGGAGUACAACCUGCACAUAUCCCCGAGGCAGAAGAGGGACGUCAACACGAGUGUUUACAAAGGCAAACGGUGCCGCAUGGAUUCAUGCUUUGAUUUCUCUCUGUGUCAGAAGAACGGAUUCAAAGUUUAUGUUUACCCGCAGCAGAAGGGGGAGAAGAUCUCAGAGAGUUAUCAGAAUAUUUUAUCCACCAUUGAGGGGUCGAGGUUUUACACCUCAGACCCCGGACAGGCGUGUCUCUUCGUCUUGAGUCUGGACACUCUGGACCGGGACCAGCUGUCCCCGCAAUACGUCCACAACCUGAAGACCAAGGUCCAGAACCUGCCCCUGUGGAACGACGGCAGGAACCACCUUAUAUUUAACUUGUACUCGGGGACGUGGCCGGACUAUACGGAAGACUUGGGCUUUGACAUCGGUCAAGCCAUGUUGGCCAAAGCCAGCAUCAGCACCGAGAACUUCAGGCCCAACUUCGACGUGUCCAUACCCCUCUUCUCCAAGGAGCAUCCGAGGACCGGCGGAGAGAGGGGGUACCUCAAGUACAACUCCAUCCCGCCUUUUAGAAAGUACAUGCUGGUGUUCAAGGGGAAGCGCUACCUGACCGGUAUCGGCUCGGACACCAGGAAUGCCUUAUAUCACGUCCACAACGCCGAGGAUGUGGUGCUGCUCACCACCUGCAAGCAUGGCAAAGACUGGCAGAAGCACAAGGACGCGCGCUGUGACAAGGACAACGCAGAGUAUGACAAGUACGACUACAAGGAGAUGCUCCACAACUCCACCUUCUGUUUGGUGCCCCGUGGCAGACGACUGGGCUCCUUUCGCUAUCUUGAGGCACUGCAGGCUGCGUGUGUGCCGGUGAUGCUGAGUAACGGCUGGGAGCUGCCUUUCUCCGAGAUCAUCGACUGGAACACAGCCGCAGUCAUCGGCGACGAGAGGCUCCUGCUGCAGAUUCCAACCACGGUGCGCUCCAUCCACCAGGAUAAGAUCCUGUCCCUCAGACAGCAGACUCAGUUCCUCUGGGAGGCCUACUUCUCCUCUGUGGAAAAGAUAGUGCUGACCACACUGGAGAUCAUCCAGGACCGUGUGCUGGAGCACGGCUCCAGGAGCAGCCUGAUGUGGAACAGCCACCCUGGGGGACUCUUCGCUCUGCCGCAGUACUCUGGAUACCUGGGAGACUUCCCUUUCUACUACGCCACACUGGGCAUUAAACCGUACCCCAAGUUCACAGCGGUCAUCCACGCCGUCUCCCCUCUGGUGUCCCAGUCCCAGCCCAUACUCAAGCUCCUGGCAGCUGUGGCCAAGUCCCAGUACUGUGCACAGAUCAUUGUCCUGUGGAACUGUGACAAGCCUCUCCCUGCAAAGCACCGCUGGCCUGCCACCACAGUGCCAGUCAUCGUCAUUGAGGGAGAGAACAAGGUGAUGAGCAGCCGCUUCUUGCCCUACGAGACCAUAGUGACCGACGCAGUCCUCAGCCUGGAUGAAGACACAGUGUUGUCCACCACAGAGGUGGACUUUGCCUUCACUGUCUGGCAGAGUUUCCCAGAGCGCAUCGUUGGUUACCCUGCCCGCAGCCACUUCUGGGACAGCAACAAAGAGCGCUGGGGCUACACAUCCAAAUGGACCAACGAUUAUUCGAUGGUGCUGACCGGCGCCGCCAUCUACCACAGGUAUUACCAUUACCUAUACACCAACUACUUGCCCACUAGUCUGAAGAGCAUGGUGGACCAGUUGGCCAACUGUGAGGACAUCCUGAUGAACUUCCUUGUCUCGGCUGUCACCAAACUGCCGCCCAUCAAGGUCACACAGAAGAAACAGUAUAAGGAGACUAUGAUGGGACAGUCUUCGAGGGCAUCUCGCUGGGCCGAUCCAGACCACUUUGCCCAGCGACAGACCUGCAUGAACAAAUUCGCCAGCUGGUUUGGCGCCAUGCCACUGGUCCACUCCCAGAUGAGACUGGACCCCGUCCUGUUCAAGGACCAGGUCUCCAUCCUCCGCAAGAAAUACAGGGACAUCGAGAGGCUCUGACAGGACCGGCGCCCCCUUGGGGGAGACCCCACACAGGGGGAGGUGCGAGAGACUGACUCAGUGGAGAGUAGAAGGAGUAGUAGGACUACAGCAGGAUGGACAGGGAGCGACACAGCUCUUUCUUCCACUCAGCACAUUGCCAAUGACCACAGCGCCGCUGCUGCCAGGACUUGACGCGGGAAGGGAUGAAUAGGAAACAAGCAGAUGGCGUUUGGAUUUGAAAAACACAAACAAAAAACGCAAACACAGACAGACAAAGAGGAGAACACAAACUGAUGGACAAGCCAAACAGUACUGUAUGUUUCGCAAAUGUGCAAACACACAGCACACACUACUGACGACGAGAACUCUUGAAUAGAAUAUUUUUUUGUACAACACGAACAAGGACGAUAUUGACUUUCCUGCUCUUUCGGCACAUGUACAGGACGGUAGAAGAGGGAAGGUGUCCAUGAUUGCAAACCUGGCAACCCCGCCCACCACAAAUCCUACUGGUCACCCCUAGCAACCCCAGUCUGCAUCAGGACAUAAUACCUGGACUCACUACCAAAACCCUUGCUUUAUAGCCUGGGAAACCCUGUUCUUUAGUUGCUUUGAUUUCAUUGUACAAAUCAGCUCUCUGUAACACUGUCAACCCUUUUUCCUCGCUCCGAGGUUUUUUAAAUCGGAGCAUCAUCAGUUUUUAAUAUUUUCUUUUUUGAGACAGAAAAGGUUAACAGCAGUGUCCAACCUGUUAUUACAAGGUUUUCAUUGAAAAGAAGCCAUUAUCUCCUGAUAUUCUCAGCUAUCGACACACAUCCUUGAGCCUCAAGUCUGAAAACAUCCUGUCUGUCCUAUCCUUGGCUCAUUCCUUGAUGUGCUGAUAUGGCUUUUAUAAUGGUCUAUUUGCUUCCCUGUUAUCACUAAGAUAAGUUAGAAAAACAUUUCGUUUCAUAUCCCAUUUUCCUCUCAUACUCACCAUGGCAUUUGUACUUUUUCUUAUCUUUUUUUUUCCCACUUGCUUUCAUCAUCUUUUCUUUACCCCUUCAAACUCUCUACUUUCACUCUUCUUUGUGCGUAUGUGUGUGUUGUGUGUACAGAGCCUUGAAAAGUUGGUUCAUCCAACCAUAAGCUCAAGCAGAGUACAUUUUCCCUCCGUUGGAAUGAGCGAAAUGAACAUUUCUGGAUGAAAUGGAGCAGAACGCUGCAUUCUAACCCAAACUCGUUUCACCCUUUUUUUUUAACUUCCUGCACGGCCUCACAGCACUAUCCUUACAGGGAGAAAAUUUCAGACUAUAGCAGGUCUUUAGUGACCAGCAUCAUUUCACAGGAGUGCUUAUAGAGAGAUGUUUUUUUUUAAUGCUUAGAGCAUCAGUGCCAUUCUGACAUCAGGGUCUGCCUUUAAAAUUGUUUAUUGCACAUCACGUUGCCUACAUCAGUCUGAGACGCCUAGAUGUUCUCCUCUUGAAAUAUUCUAGUCAUCAGUCCGAUGUGGCUCUCCUGCCACCAUUACUUCUUUUCUUUUUUUCGCUCUCUGUCUCUCUCUCCCCCGUGACAUAUCAGAGAACCUCAGAGCCAUUAAAUUGACAGAAGGUUUUAUCCUCCAUUUGUCAGGCAGAGAUACGUUUGGGCUUCAAUUAGGUAAACCUAUUUCAUUUGGAGUGCUGUUUUAUUCCCGGGGGACAAUCUGUUGCUGAAACACUCUAACAUUAUGGACCAUUGUGUUGUGAAAGCAGCGACCCACAAACAUGACCUGCUGGCUAAUGCUAGCCUUGGGAGGACAGCUUUCCCCCCUCCCUCCCUUCCUCCCUCCCUAACACACCCUCCCUUGCGGCCCUGCUUGUCCUUUACUUAUAAACAGCUGCUCAUAUCGUUGUUGUAUCCACAUCAAACCGCCUGACAUUUUGCACCUUAAAUUACCUUAUUGGUAUCAGACAACCAGAUCAAAAUGCUAAAAUAAGCUCUCUCAACCUUUUUAAUUGAUCACUUCAAAGGGAGAGGCUGUCAGAGAAAAUGGCUGGCUCAUAGCGGAGCUGCUGCGUGCUGUCAUUAGGUCUGCGUGCAGCCCCAGAGCACAGACGGUCCACUCACACUCACAUUUAGUCUGCAGACACUUGAAUGAAAGCAGCGUGCUUUUAGUGGCCUUUCUGUCAGGCAGGCAUUCAGCUUAAUGUCUCAGCCAAAGCUUUUCAGGGUGUGUGCUAAUCGGUAGCUGUCAUCGACAUCAAUCAGUAUCAGUGUCACACAUUCAAUGACUGUUUUUACUUUUUCAUUAAUUUACGUUUUGUUCUACAAAGAGUUUAUGUAAAAUGUAUUGUAAAGCCUUUACAGUGUCAACAAUGGGGAUGCUCAUGCUUUCAGGUGUCAUAAUCCAAAUACUGCCACAGCAAAGCUACUCUGUUCCAGCAGAUCAUAUCAAACCCAGCAGGACUAUCAUGUUUUUUUUUUUUUCCUCACACCAUUGUUUUGAAUAUAAUGUUUGUAUUUAAAUUCUGGAUUGUGAUUUUUUUUUUAUUUUUUUAUUUUUUUUACUUUUGCCAGGAGAGAUUUAUGAUCCAUUUAAUGUGAGUCACAACAAAGUGUUCGAUCAUCUACAGUAUGUGAUUAUGGGAAAAACAUACUCCUCACUUGGUCUGCAUCUGGUCCCUAUUUCAUCUUCACAGAACCAUAUUGUUUGAAUCCAUAUCAAGUCUUUUAUGUUAGAUUUUUUUUGAAUCACUGUUGUUGAUUAUCUCAUGAGAACCACGUCCCCCAGCUUUGCAAAAAAAAAAAAAGAAAAAAGAAAAAAAAACACCACCCAUUUCAAAUCCCUGCAACUGUCAGCAUUGUACAUAGACAUAUAUUUAUUUUUUUGGGAAAAAAAAAAAAAGACUGUGUACGAUUUGAGAUGACGUGGCGAAUACAUGAGACUGAUUCUGCAUCGCUGAGGGGAGUUAAUGGUAUUUAUUCAUUUUAUUUUCGACACACUGUGCACAUUAAUCCACAGAUGCCGAUAUAAAGCUCAUAUUAUGUUUCACUUUGCAUUGGUUUUCCAGGGAAACAUCUAUCACACUCGAUCACUUUCUCGUACAGAAGUUGCCCGAGAGAGAGAGAGAAAGGGGGAACAUUUUCAGAGUCGUCGUAGCAGAGCUUCAACUCCUGAAAAGAUUGCAUACACCAGUGAUAUAGAAUUGGAUUGGGCCGCACCAUCUUGGCUCUCCAUGGGAGUCAAAUUGCAAAGUCCCAAUAAAGACUACGCCAACUGAAACAUGGAAAAUAAUAAGCAGCUGGGUCCCCUGUACCAGAUGGAAACAUUUUCAGAUCCUGCUCUAACAUCUUCCCCCAAUGCAUUACAAUAAUGGGUCUGGGGCUCUGACACAGUUGUUUAAAUUGCCUCUUUCACAGCCUGCGUUUCAGGUCAGAUAAACUUGGCAGCAGACUCUGUCCCAUCUUUCAGUUGGCGUGCCGUACAGUGUGUCAUCAGAGUGUGAUGGAUGCGAGUUAGGCCACAAGGAAAACCUCUGCAUCCACUUAAAAAAAAAAAAAAAACGCCUGUCAUUUGAUCUGGAGGAACAUUAUGCAAGUUAUCAUUGUGCGCUUCAACACAGAUGGAAGAAGGUUUACCCAAAAUGUGCCAGGCAGUUGGUGUUUAUAGCGACGGCGGCAUGUGUUCUGGAAACUAGUCUGUUCUUGAUUUGUGCCUUUUAUCAACAUUUGAGUUCUUGACAUGCCAAGCACGGUCUGUCCCACACUAUUUCCAGUAGACGGGCAACAAUAGCACCCCCCACCCACCCACCCCCCCGAACAGCCCUGCCUUCAUACACUGGAUGAGACACAGCAUUCCAUUCUCUUACUACAAACACCCCGUUUUCAUCUUUGUGUUUGGACACUGUUGCCAAGGCGACCACGCAUGACCACUUCCUGUUUGGGAUUAUUUAUCAGCGAUUGGCUGUAUCACGCUACCAAUCGGUAGCAGUAAUAUCUGUUGAUCUGUAAGGACUCGGUCAAGCCCAGCUGUCCUGAUGCCUUCUCCUCCCUCCUACCUUGUAAUUAACAGAAGACUUUUAUAGAGGUCACAAAUGAAAUAGAUAAAUGCCAAUUUUGUAAGAAUGAUUUAUAAAAAAAAAAUAAACUCAUAUUUGAUGAUAAAUGCAUCUCUUUGUGUUAUUUUUUUAACAGGCUGUGUUUACAUGGUUUGACUCAAAUACAACAGUUAUUUUUGUUUUCUGGUAUAAAUCAUGCUGAACGAGUUUCCAAGCUGGAGCUGAGUAUCGGUCCUCAAUACAUUUUUUUUUUUAUACCAACCACAAUCAAAUACCAUCAAGAACUGAAAACUGUCAUUGAAUGUCCGGUCAGAUUCAUAAUUGCUUAAUUACACUGUAUUCAGAGCACAACCAAUCCUGGAUUAUUGAGACAAAUACCUAUCAUUAUUUGAGAGUUCAAUAAUCAACAGAUAUUCAUGAUGAUUAAAGAGUUGUACCAAAGGUAACAUUUUACACUUGGAAAAACAAGCUUGUUAGGGCUUUCUGGUGGACAUGUACAGAUGUUGCUAAAUUAACACAGAUGUAUCGUUAGCAUUGUUAUAGAGCAAUUUCUUAUUGGCUGACAUAAAUGCUGCACCACAUGGACCCUAAAAAGAUAACUAGUGCAUAGAGGACAGCUAAUGGGGAUACAAAAAACUAAAUACAUAAACAGACCAAUAGAUCUGUGACUAUUGAUCUGAGAACUGAUCUCAAUUACGAUCUUGUAAUUGAUCUGAUCAAUGUAAGUAAAUGAUCUCUGAUCUAAUAAAUUUUGCCGAUUUUAGAAUAUUUUUAAGUUAAAACACAAAUAGAGACCUUUCUUUCUUUUCUCUAUAUUUAAACAACAUUCAUUAUUUGGUAACUGUGGCUUCUUUGUUAUAUUAAAAAGAAGUUUGUAGCAAAACAUAAUUUACAUUUCUCAGAGUAAACUGUUGAUAUAAGUAUUGUUUUGGUACUGAUACUGAAACUAUAUUGCGAUACCAUUAAAACUACACAUUAUGAGCAGAAGCACAGAUUCCAUGCUGAGUUAAGGGCUUUGUCUCAAAUCUUUUAAAAAAUUUGUCUGGAACAAGCAAAUAGGGGAAAACAUGCUUUAGUUUGUACUCGGCUUAACAGCUUCACUAUCAGUCUCUUCACCUGUGAAAGUCUACAAGACAGUGACGGAGAAUGAGUACAUCAAAAAGUUGAUUUAAACCCUUUACAUACACAUUAGUAAGGACAUUACAGGAUAUUAUCUGUAACCGUCUGAGGAUUCUUAUUUUUUCUGCCCAUGAACAAACACACUGACGGCGUGAUAAGAGGCUGCGCUGACACAGAGGAGACUGAUGGUUUGUAUUUUCGUGCUUGCUUUUGUGCUCACACUGUCAACAUCAGAGCGUAACCCUGAACAUUUGUAUUCGCUUCAUCAUUUGCGACGGUGUGUGCAUGGACAAGUACUCAGGCCCUGACCUCAGCCUCAGCUGAAUGAGAACACACUCCAUUUGUACAGUAAUAAUAGUCCCGCAAUGCUGCAUUGCCCUCGGAGAUAUAAUAACCACCCCUGUAUUAGACCACUGAGGAGGGGUUUAUUAGUCACUACUCAGAGCAUUGAUUUUUUUUUUCUUCUCUGCUGAAAGCCUCCUCAUUGCUCCAACACUGCAUCUGUCCUUUUGUGUCUCCCUGAGGACAAUGGCCUCAUAACACAUCUUAGAUAUGACCCCAGCUUUGCUCUGAAUUAUUAAACACACCCAUAUCAGACACUGAUAUUCUCAUGCAUAUCUGUGACCUAACAGUGGUGCCUUAUGCCUGCGUGUGUGUGCACACAUGUACUCACAUUUUAGCUCCUUUUUUUUUUUUUUUUUAAGUUAAAACACAAAUAGAGACCAAAAUCUCCACCCACUUGACUUGGCUGGCUUCUUAUUUAAAAAAAAAAAAAAAAAAGGGCUGUAUUUAUCAAGUAUAUCAAAGUAGGAAAUCAGUCCUAAGAGGCCAAAAAGUAAAUCUGGAGUACAGGCAUUUCAUCAAUCUUCCUAACUUAAAGAACAACUUCUAUUUCUGCUAAUUAGGAAAGCUCCUGAGGUGUCCUAACAUGUUAGAAGUUGCCAAGAGAUGGUGUUCAGGCAGAAACUUUCACUGAUGACUAUGAGCUUGUUAAAAAAAAAUCAAAUUUUGGCAAAAAAAAUUAAAUCUUCUGACCGACCUUGUGAAGGAUGCAAAAGAAUGUGGAUGCUCUCACCAACCAUAAUCUUUGCAACCUCACAUCGCCAGGAGGGAAACUGCAGCUUUGAAACAGCGAUGAUUUGGAUCAUGUGUCGCAACCAGGUCUGCGGUAAUAAAUCUAACUUUGAUCACUCAUACAACUCCUCAGAUAACUGUCAGGUUUAUUUACUUUCAAACCACUCAGCGUGAAGUUAUGGAUAAGCAAGCUGCGCUCAUGCAUAUCAGGUGUUUAUUUAUUUAAUCAUUCAUCUAAAAUUACCUACGGCUAAACGACGGUAUGUUUAUACUGUUACUGUGUCAGAUGAUAUCAGCUUUUGGCAGAUAUAUUGAUAUCUGUGAAGAUGUCAACCACAAGAAAUUAUAGCACAGAAAUGCCAAAGUAGGUCUGAGGUCAUUUAGAAAUAGUGUCACCAUUGGUAUUUGUUCACCAGAGAGCUCUGACAAGUUCUGUCUAUAAAAAAAAACACAAAUCUAAUGAAUCUGUAUCAAGAUUGUUUGUUCAUGUCAUGCAUUUAUGUUUUAAAAAAAUAAAGAAAUAGGCAAAUAUAUAACAUUACCAGGUCUGUCUCAAAUAUCAAUAUACGAGUCAGCCUCAAAAAUCCAGUCGGGCUGGAGCCAGAACACAAAUAAGUAAUUUCCCCACCUAUAGGGACACGCCAGUUAACAGAGGGUGUAGUUGUAAGUUAAACUGGCAAACGGAAGAGAAAAUAAAGUCCAUGUUUUCAGUGGAAAUGUGCCCACAGCCUUGUUUACAACAGAUUCGAGAUGUGGUGGCAAUAUAGGCCGUGUAAAAACUGGAGCAGGAUGUGUCGUACAGCUGAAUCCAAUUAUUUACUAUUUGAUAUUGUGCAGUACAUACAUACACACACUCAUGCCAGUGUUUGCUUACAGCCCACUGCAAAUGGCUUAUUCAUAAACACCAUCAUAAAAGUUAAGCUAUUAAUUCAUUUUGGCUUGUUUUUGCAUAUACAGUACAGAUAACUCAGUUGUCUAUGGUAUUUCCCAUUCAAGUGAAUGGGAAAGUGGUCUUAUAGGCCCCACUGUAUAUAAAAUUAUAAACUGUAUCAUAAAGUCCACUUUGUGGCUGCAAGUGUCAUAAAAGAGGAAUGUCACACUCUCUCAGGAGCAACCCCUCUUUCUUGCUCAAAGAAAUCCAUCCAUCAAGCCAUCAGUUUUCUGCCCCCUAUCCAGCUAAGCAAGGUAGUCCAGACAUCUCUCUCCCCAGCAACGUUAUCCAGCUCCUCCUGGGGAAACCCGAGGCAUUCCCAGGCCAGAUGAGAUAUGUAGUCUUUCCAGCGUGUUCUGGGUCUACCAGGGGGGCUCUUACCAGUUGCAAGAAUACAUCCAAUAAAAAGCAGCUAAGAGGAAUCCUGAUCGGACGCCCAAACCUCUACUCCGAGCUCCCAACAGAUGCCUAAGCUCCCUACCCUUUCUGUAACGGUGAGCCCAGCCACCUUACAGAGGAAGCUCAUUUCAAUCUCAUUCUUUUGGUCACCAUCCAGAGUUCAUGACUAUAGGUGAGGGUUGAAACAUAAAUCAACUGCUAAAUAGACAGCUUUGCCUUCCGGCUUAACUCCCUCUUCACCACAGCGGUCCGGUACAACGACCACAUUAUUACUGACACUGAACCAAUCUGCCUCCAACCUGAACAGAGCGGCGCUCUUCCUCAGCCUCGUGGGUAGCCUCGCAGCCACCCGGCAACAAACACCCUGGGCAACUCCUUCUCCCAGGAGUUUGGUUCCCGAGACAGUGCUAUGCGAGAAGGUGAGCCCAAUUAUAUCUAGUAGGUACCGCUCCAUCUCCCGCACUAACUCUGGCUCCCUUUCCACCACGUUCCUAGGAUGAUGUGAAGCUACUAUGAAUGAAACUCAACACUCUUCCACUUGCAGUCCUCCUUUUAUAGUUGUAUUUCUGUGGUGGGUAUGACAUAAGUCUGUUGUUGCAAUAUUGGAAUUUGUGCUGUGGAAAUGUACACUACACUAAAUUUACUAUCUGAGCUGUUAUUGUAGGCUACAGAUAAUUCCUACUCCCUAAACAUUUCUUUACACAGCCUUUAUUUGUUGGUGCUGGCUGCUUCCCUUGCUAUUAUUUGAAUACCAGCUUUUAUAUUUUACUUUAAAAAGGUAAAUAACUCUCAGAGGUAGGAGUGUGUUUAGUGCCGGGUUAGCUGUUUUACCAAAUACUCAACGCACUGAUAUCGAAAAAACGCAAAACACAGCAAUGGCUUUUAAAAAAAUCACAGCAAAAUUUAUAGAUCAGCAGAAUCUUUAACACAUUAUUAUAACAUGUCAAAUCCAAUCAGAGCGAAAUAUUAAUAAGUUUACAUCAAAUAAAAAAAUCAGAUCUAUAUAGUAAGAAUAAGAUUCAUGAAUUUGCCACAGUGUCUGUCUUUCUUAUUAAAGUUCUUGGAGGUGAUAAAAAACUUUUUUUUUUUUUUUUUUUAAUUUAGGACUUCAGACAA